GUGUGCCCGGUUUUACGCCGUAACGGCCCCUAUAUCGGCUCACAAGUUUCCUAAUUAGGAAGUAUGUCGCCUUUUUAGUGGAAUCUCCAUCGCUCUCCAGGUGCUCGCAGCCAAUAAUGCACCAUACCGACGAAUUUUACGCCUUGAGGGACACUAAUUGCGGCUACUAUUUUUCCCUUGCGGCUGUUUUGUAAGAGCUUUUUGCCUUCCUUCGAAAGAACAUGGCUACUAUCCGAGGAAUAAUAACAUACUACUUGACGCGGUCGUAUAAUCUAGUCUUUUAUAGAUGGCUCAAGACCAGACGCAAAAAAUCCGCCAUUGGACUCGCAGAAAAGUUCGCCUCCGCGCUCAUUUCCUGAACAUGAACGAGCGUGCUCGACGGCCCAGAACAUGAACAUGGAUCAAAGUCUUCUUCAGCACCCUAUGAGUUCCCAAGAUGUGCUGCACGUCCCAAUCGACUUCCGGAUCCUAUCGGCCGAGCUUCUAAGGAGGGAGAUAUGGCUACACCGCGCUGUUAGCCUAUCUAAUUUCAUAGCAGCCGGUUAUCUGUAUCUUGUAUUGGUUGUGGCGUCCCUUCUUUUCCUGCUAGUUUCCAUCCUUUUGUCUAAUGGACUAUCCGGUCGCAAAAUCAAACCCCAUGCCUCCGUAGAAUCGUCCAAAGCCACACGUAGAUUACACACGCCGCUCAAAUAUUCCAUCACGCAAAUAAUUGUCUUUUCCGCAGCACUAGCCCUAGCAUCUGUCUCUGCGUCUCAAGAUGGAGUUUGGACGGAAUCGGCUGUUUUGGGCUACGUGCUCCUCCUUGGAGUGUUGCAGUUCGUCUGGAAAUCGAGCACUGUCAGCCUUCUGCUGAAUCGACAAACAAACUCACUGAUAGCGACGAUCACCAUUCUGGAAGCGAUCAGAUUAUUGCUACCUGUUGCGAUAAUUGGUUCUGAUAAAAGGCCAUCGGGUGUUGAAUCUGCUAAGCUCGGUUGCUUGGCAUUUACGCUCAUAGUGUCGUUCAUCACGCCCCGGGAGAUCCGAAGCAAAGAGCGCAACCCCGAGAGUUCGAUUCCGGAGGAAUUGAACGAGAAGUACUCUCCCGAGGAGACUUGCUCGUGGUAUUCUUACUACAUGUCAUACGGAUGGCUCACGUAUCUCACGGUCAGGGGUUUCUUUCGGGAUUUAUCUAUCGACGAUCUUCCUCCCCUACCAACAUAUGAUGCGCCAACGGCAUGGCUGCAACGUAUGCGCGAAGCCCGUCUCAAAGGCGGACGAACUCUGCGAACUCUUUGUCUUGCAUUUCGAAACGAUAUCAAGACAAUAAUGAUCUGGUCAGUCACAACUGCGAUGGCCGAGUAUCUUGCACCAUGUGCCAUGUACAACCUCCUAGGUUAUUUAGAGAAGCCCGGUGAGAGCACCGCAGUUGUACAUCCUUUCGUGUGGAUUGCGCUUCUCUUCAUAGGCCCCAUGGCUCGUUCUGUCUGCUACCAAAGAUCUAUAUUCAUGGGAACAAGACUGCUUGUCCGGGUUAAAGCCACCAUGAUUCUGGAGAUAUAUCAAACGAUGAUGAGGUCGCAGGUGGAGGACACUUUACAGGCACAGGCUGACCCAGACAACCAGGACCGGAGUAUAGACAAAUCUGGCGAUACUUCGACGAACGGUGUACGGGCGCAUUCGGCCAAGAUGGAGAGUCUGUUAUCUUAUGAUGCCGAUGCGAUUUCUAAUGCGACCGAUAUAUUCUACGCCUUAACAGCGAGUACGAUAUCAGCUACGAUUGCUAUGACAUUCCUAUACCAGUUAUUAGGGUGGCCAUCGCUAAUUGGUGUUGGCGUUCUGCUAUCCCUUAGCCCUCUCCCUGCCCUGUUUUCCGGACGUCAAUCGCGAUUACACAGAUACGUGAUGGAAACGACCGACUCUCGACUUUCUAAGAUUUCCGAAUAUUUACACUCGAUUCGAACCUUGAAAUUCUUCGCUUGGGAGGAUGUGGCAUCUAAGACGAUCAACGCUAUUCGCGCUACCGAACAACAGCGCAUCUGGAAACGUAACAUAACUUCCAUGCUCAUUUCCAUGACCGGCGACAUGCUCUCUCUUGUCAGCCUCUUGGCUAUGUUCACAUCACUUGUACUCUUCACAGACACGCCGCUACGAGCUCCAACAGCCUUCACAGCGCUGACCCUCACGGAAACCUUGCGCGCGCAGUUUGUAUGGCUCUCUAAGGUGGCCCAAUGGGUAGCACAGGCCCAUGAGUCGAUACAACGAGUCGACAAAUUCUUCGACUCGGCCGUGGAGAUGAAACGUCAUCCAGCUGGCCCACCUGAAUUCACAAAUGCGACUUUCCGCCUUAGUCCAUCGUCCAGCUUUCGACUUCGGGACCUCUCCAUUUCGUUUCACGAGAAGGCGCUCAAUAUUGUAACGGGACCCACUGGUAGUGGGAAGACGGCCUUGCUAUUAUCGCUGUUAGGCGAAACGAGUCUUGAAAGUGGAGCGGCCGCUUGUCCGCCAGAUGUGUCUUACGUGCCCCAAACGGCGUGGCUCCAGAAUAACACCAUCCGCCAGAAUAUUUUAUUCUAUACCCCUUACGACGAGCGUCGUUAUAAGCAAAUCCUUCAUGCUUGCGAUCUUGUCGAAGACAUAACACAAAUGCCACUAGGCGACCUGACGCAUGUUGGCGAGCAAGGAUCCAGCUUGUCAGGGGGUCAAAAACAAAGAAUAUCGCUAGCCAGAGCCUUAUACUCGCCCUCGUCGACAUUACUCCUCGACGAUAUCUUUUCAGCACUCGACGCCCACACCACUCUCAGGGUUUACGAGCGAUGUUUCCGUAGUGGAUUAUUAAGCGAUCGCACAGUUAUUCUCGUCACACAUUUCUCCACCGCUGUAGAUGAUGCCGAGGUGCUCGUCUCAUUGGCUCAGGGGGAAGUAUCGUUUACGAAGAUAAACGCCGGUCGCUCAUCCAGCUACAUUAAAUCUUCUUGGGUAACGCAUACCGAAGAAGUCGAAGCCGAUAGUAGCUCGCUUUCAACCGCAAGCCCACAAUUAGGGGUAUUUUUUACACAAGGCGAGCUUACGGACAUAUCACUCCCCGAAGAGAACCUAGAUGGAGUAGAAGUUGACGAAAAGAGGGCAUCGGGACGUGUUCCACGUAGUUUCAUUAUUCGAUACAUGCUUCUUUUCGGAGGCUAUUCGGCCGCGACCCUCACAAUUAUCAACACCAUCCUGGUGCAACUCGCUUAUUUCUCAAUCACAUUUUGGCUCUCCAUAUGGACGGGAUUAUCCGACCGCGACGACUACCCUUCCAAAGCGAUACCCUACCUGCUCGUCUACAUCGGUACGGUCACGGCGUUCAUAUCCCUCCAGUUCCUCAACAACUACAUCUACCAAAGGGGCGGGUGGAAGGCGGCAAAGACGAUGCACGAGCGACUAGUUUCCGCAAUCCUAGGAGCCCCUAUUUCCUGGUACGACAACACCCCCGUCGGCCGCAUCAUCAACCGCUUCGGCGUGGACAUCCAGUCCCUGGACAGCGCGCUAGUCGACUGGCUGCGCAUGAGUCUCGACAACGGCAUCCGGCUGGCCCUGCGUCUCGCGGGCAUCGCAUCCAUCAUGCCCAUCUUCGCGCUGCCGGCCGGCGUCUUCUGCAUGCUCGGCUUCGCGACGGGCGAGGUGUACGCGCGCGCGCAGAUAUCCAUCAAGCGCCUGUGCGCGGUGAAGAUCUCGCCCGUGUUCUCGCACUUCAGCGACACGACGGGCGGGCUCGCCGUCAUCCGCGCCCGCGCGCCCGUGGACGCCGUGUUUCAGACGCUGCUCGCCGACAAGCUCGCCGUGUACAUGCGCGCGCUGGAGGCGCAGUACAACACGAACCGCUGGGUGUCGAUCCGCUCCGACUUCUGCGCCGCCACCGUCGCCGUCUCCGCCGGCUGCAUCGCGUACUGGAAGUCCGGCGCGCCCGGGCUCGUCGGCUUCUCGCUCACGAACGCUAUUGGUCUCAGCCAGACUAUCUUAACGUUGGUAAGGAAUAUGAACGAGCUCGAGGUCGAGCUCAACUCGUUCCAGCGCGUGUCCGAGUACGCGGAUAUCGAGCCCGAGGCUAGUCCCGAGGAAGAGGAGGUGAAGGCGGGGAAGGUGCCGGCGGCUUGGCCGGCGACUGGCAUGAUGGAGUUCCGGAAUGUGACGGCGCGGUACGCGGAGGAGGGUCCGGAUAUCUUACGCGACGUGUCGUUUCGCGCGAAGCCGGGGCAGCGGGUGGCUAUUAUCGGUCGCACUGGCAGUGGGAAGAGUACUGUGACGCGUUCCAUACUACGGUCCACGCAUGUUGUUUCCGGGGGCAUCACGAUCGACGGCAUCGACGUGCGCAACAUCCCCCUGAAGCGGCUCCGAGAAAGCAUCAGCUUCGUGCCUCAGGACGCGGUGAUCUUCUCCGGGGACACCCAGUCGAAUCUCGAUCCCGAGGGCAACCUCGACGAGACCGAGCUCCAGGCCGUUCUCACGGCAUGCAACUUGGUCCAGACCCGCGAUCCAGAUAGCCGGGCACCGGGUUCGGGGCUCUCGGUACAUUCCCAAGUCGCGAGCGGCGGCACGAACUUCAGCAACGGACAAAGGCAGAUCUUGGGGCUUGCGCGGGCUAUGUGUCGACGCUCUAAGGUCGUCAUAUUGGACGAGGCGACGGCUUCCGUGGACCAUGAGACGGACGUGCGGAUGCAGGAACUCAUCCGCUCGGAGUUUGCCGGGUCUACGAUUAUUACGAUUGCCCACCGUUUACGGACUAUUAUAGAUUACGACCAGGUUAUUGUGAUGGAGGAAGGGAAGGUUCUAGAGACGGGAUCCCCCGCAGAGUUGGUUGAUAAAAAGGGUGCCUUUUGGGGAAUGUUGAAAAACAGUGGCGAGUACGAAGAAUUGAUCUCUUUUGCGAGGCAAGGAAACCGCUAAUGAUAUUGUAAAUACCUACCUAUUUCGUGCUGUGAAAAGGGGGCAUACGCGUGUUGAAUAUAUGAUGACCGUCAUCUGCGGCGAUUUUGCAGAAUAUCCCGAAAGAGCAUUCCAUAAUAAAGAAGUAAAAAAGUGAUUUUAUCGUUUUUGAGCUGGUCCGUGAGGAGAAAUUUACCGUGAGAAUCAAUCAUGUCCCCCUCCUUGCCCACCUAGUAGCUAAGUAGUUUCUGUCAAG